GCUGGAAACAGGUUUGCAAGAGGAAACGUCUGCAUUAGUGAAAACAUGAAGUCUUUCCUGCUCUUUGUGAUAUACCUAUUAUGGCUGAGGGGACCACAAGGUGCACCGACCAAGGAGGAAAAUGUAAACAUUAUGGAAGACCUGAAAGUUUUAUCGGAAGCCGGAGAGAAAUAUGUAGAUGAAGAAAUAAAGAAAGCUCUCAUUGGCAUUAAGCAGAUGAAAAUUAUGAUGGAAAGAAAUGAAGCUAAACACAUGGAUAUAAUGAAAACAUUAAAGAAAAGCAGUGAAGAAAAAGACGAAGCUCUGAGACUUAUGAGUGAAGUGAAAGAGCGACUGGAAGAAGAAGAAGAAAUGUGUCAGGAGUCUCUGCAGAGUUUAUGGGAUGAAUGUAAAUCUUGUCUAGAAAGUAACUGUAUGAGAUAUUAUACAACUUGUCGACGUGGCCUGUCCUCAUUUACAAGUAAGAUUCGAGACUUUUUCAGAAAGAUGACCCCAGUAUCAGUUUCCAUGUAUGAGACUGAGGGGAAAGAGUUCCAGUUUGACCAGAAGCCAGAAAAAGAAGAUGUCCAACUAGUACAAAUGGAAAAUUUGUUUAACCAACUGUUGUCUGAUGUGGGUACAAUGUUUGAAAAAAGCUUUCUUUUUUUCAAACAGUUGCAAAAAGAAUUUGACCAGACCUUUCAAAUGUAUUUUAUGUCUGAUCCAGACGUAACAGACCCCUAUUUUUUGCCAUCUUUCACUGAGGAGUCUGUGAGAAAUACGAGCUCCCCAAAAGAAUGGGGCCCCCAAGAUGUCCUCCAGCUUGUAUUUGAUUUCAGCAAAACUGUCAUGGAAGGGGUCAGUGAAAUGUUUAUCGAGGCAUUUGAAGGAUACACUGAGAAUGCAAGUGAGACGGCAGAACAAACUGAAGAUUCUGACAAAAGUGGGAUGUUCUCUAAGAUUGUACCAGAUCACACCAGAGCUCUGUGUAAUAAACUGCGCCAGAAUUCAUCUGGUUGUCCUCAGUUUCACGAGAGAUGCCACAAAUGUCAGGACACUCUUCUGCAAGUUUGCCCCAGUGUCCCUGAGCUACAUAUAAAGUUUGAUGAUGCCUUUAAGCUGGUUAACAUCUCUGCUGAGCAGUAUCGACAGAUUCUCCAGGUGGUCCAGCGUCACACGGAAGAUACGUCCUACUUGUUGAAUAAAAUGAAAGAAAGGUUCGGAUGGGUAUCUGAACUAUCCAACAGGACCAUUGGACCAGAAAACAUUUUCAAUAUAGUAAAGGUAUCUUCUGCCAAGACAGGUGAAGCUUCUGGUCUGAACGAAACAACAGUAGAUGUGAAUAUUUUGACAUCACCUACUUUCACAAUUAAAGUUCCCCAAGAUUUAGACACACAGAAUACCGGAUUCAUUGAAUAUGUAGCUGAGAAAGCUUUGCAGCUUUACAAGAAGAAUUUCUAGGUAUGGCAAGUUGGUUCUGUUUACACUGAAAAUGUAAC